AUGGAAGCUGCUAAACAAAGCAAAAGAUUUCAUUUGGGCCCAAUCAGCAGCUCAUACUUGAAUGUCAAGUCUGAUCCGGUAGAGCAUGCAAGGUUGACGGUUGCGAUUGAGGCGGAGAUGGGGGUUACUCGAGUAUUAAACCAGAGCUUUAGGACUGAAAUUUCUUUGAUAUUUGCAAUUUUGUCUUAUCUCGAUUAA